AUGGACAAUAACAAUGAAAAGGUUACCUAAGUAUUUGAAAGAUUUAUAGUCAUGGGAGUAAAUACAAAAACAAAAGAUAUUACAUAUGAAAAGAUUAUAAACAAUGACUUUACUGUUGAUUUAAUAGAUAUAGCCCCAUAUUUGCCUUAAAACAAAGUUCCAUAAUACAUAGAAGGAAUGAAAGAUUUUCUCUUUCCUGAUGGUCUCAAGAUUUAUGAUGAUAAUCUCAAUGUAAUGAAUGAUCCUUAACCUCUUGAUACCUUUAAGUUAGAAUCAUAGCACUGUAAAUAAUAUGAAAAGAUAAAUAAAAUACACUAAAAAGAUUUAAUAUUUCACUUUGUUACAACUGAUGGUGAUUCAACAAAAAGAUAUUGCACAGCUUUAAUUUUUCAUGAAAAAUUCUAUAUAAAGAAUGAUUAAAAAUACAACAAUAAGAAAUAGUUAUCUAAAUGCCUCCCAAAAAUACCAAUUCAGUAAAUAAUUAAAAACCCACUUAUUCUAGAUGAAGACACUGAUACAAUAUAUAUUCCAAAAGCUAUUUGCUUGAUUUCGAGACUUCCUUUCUUCUAGAGCUAAAGAUAGUUUUUAUAGUAUUAUUAUCACAAUAUUAUUAUGGGUAGAAUAAUUGGAAUAAGGAAGAGGAUUAUUCCGAUACCAAACAAAUUGAUUAGUGUAUUUAAUGGCCUCAUUUUAGAAGCUGGUAUAAAGAAAGCUGAGAAGCUUUGGGACAAUAAUUAUAAUGAAAUAGCCUCAAAGUUAGACAAAGAAAUUGCAAUUUAAUAUAAAGUUAAAGAGACUCAUUUAACUGAGUUUUAUUUAUCAUAUAUAUUCUUUUUAAUGAAUAUACCAAGUGAUGAUAUCUCGAUAUCUCUACAUAGAAGUUACAAAGAUGAUAACAAGCAAGAAGAUUUAAUAUUUAAAUGUAAUUUUUCCUCUCGUGAAACUAUUUCUCUUCCAAAUUUUAGCUUUGGUCCUCUUUUAAGAAGAAAUUUAACUCAAAUUAACUUGUUAAAACUUAUAAAAAAUAUUCUUUUGGAAAGAUUUAUCCUGAUAUUUUCGAGUUCACCUGGUGAAAUUCCAUGUCUGACUGAAUCCAUUUUAAAACUCAUUCAACCUUUGAAUCAUAUAAAUAUAUAUGUUCCUUUUGCUAGUUUGCAUCAUCUCUGGUUGCUCGAGUCUCUUGGAACAUCAGCAAUUAUUGGAUUUUCAAAAGUUUACAAAUAACAAAUUUUAGAAAGACUAAAUGAAAUUGAUAGAGCAGGAAAAAUUGUUGUGAUAGUUGAUUUAGAUGCUAACACAAUUGAGGAAGAUACGUUUCUGAAUAUUCAAUUACCCUCAAAGGCCAAAGGAUAUAUCAUAAAAGAGCUAACAAAAGCAGAAUAUGAAUAUAAGUAGUCACGUGAGAAGAAUGCAUGGGAAAAAACAGUUAUUGAAAUAUCUAGGUCUUUUUUUAACUUCAUCCUGUGUUUAGUCAAUGAUUACACACAAUUUUACAAAUAAGAAGUAAUUAAUCAAAUUAAUAAUGCCUAAACAGAAGAAGAUUUGGACUAAUUUAGGAAUCAAAAAUAUUAAAUAGACGAUAUAUUUAACAGAGAUGAUUAUUUAAAAAUGUUUCCUCUUGAGGACUAAUCUUUUAUGAGAGAAUUUAUCAAAAACACAAUGAUGUUUUCUUACCUCAUUCAACAAACCUAUGAAGUUCUUUAUUUGAAGAAAUAUAAGAGAAAGUCUAUUCUAGAAUUACAAGAAGGACUGAAUUUGAUAAAAAGAUAAAAGGAUUAGCAGAGUCCAUAACUACAAACAAAAUUAGGAUUUCCAUAAAAUGUUUACAUAGAUUUUGAAAAUGAAUAGCUAUUUUCAGGGUUGAUUACAAGUUAGAAUCUCUAUAUUUCAAAAAUAAUGAAUUGUAAAGAAGAUAAAUUAUCGAUAUAUCCUUAUUUGAUAAAAUGGAUUAAAUAUCUUGAGCUUUUUAAAAUAGAAAAUUUAGAAGGUAAAAAAAAAAAGGCUGAGCCAGUAUCAUUUUGGAAAAGAUUUUGGCAGGAAAAUAUUUUGCAUUUCGUAGACUCAGAGCAGAGAUAAUAAAAUAGGGAUUAGCUAAAUAUUAAAACAACAUUAUACAAAAUAGUAGAUCGCAGAAAGUUUCUUAACUUAAACAAUCUCUUUCAAAAAUCAAUAUUAAGUGGAAGCUUUUCAUUAUAUUAAGACAGAAUAAAGCUACCUACAAACAUAAACUAUAAUCCUCUAAGUCUAAAAAAGAAUAGUUCAACUUAAUAAUAAUUCUCCUAAGAAGAUUAAGUUUAUGAAGAAGAAUCCUUAAAUUCUAAUAAUUCUGAAUGCACAUCUGGAAAUUUAGAAUAAAUAUAAAAUACAUUUGAAAAUUAAGCUUUUCUUAGCUAUCAGUGCACUCCAGUUAAUUAAAGGAGAACUCAAUAUGAAUAAGUUCACACCUCUUAAUUUUAACAUUAUUGUCAUAGAAUGAGUUAGUAGUAAACAGAAUUAGAUGGCUUAUCAUUUGUAAAUAGAAUGCCUAAAAAGCACAUGACUGUAUUCUCACAUAAUUCUCCUAUGACUAAAUUUGAUGAAAAAUUACCUACUUAUCCAAAUCUUUAAUCAAAUAACUCAUUAAAUUCUCCAGAGCCACAAAACGUGUAGUCAAAAUAGAGCUCAAGAUCGAGAUCAGGAUCUGUUUUAAUAUAAAAAACCCUAGAGCCUAUAAAAGAAUGA